AUGGCACAUGAUAGACAACUCCCCUGUGAUGGCAACGGCAUUUGCAUGAUCUGCAAGGAGAAGCCGUCGCCUGAGGACAUCCUCGCAUGCCAGACAUGUGCUACUCCCUGGCACGUGCAAUGCCUCUCCCUCCUUCAUCCCCAGAUGCUAGCCGAUGCUCUUCAGUGGGAGUGCCCCGACUGCUGCCCCCUUCCUAUUGAUCCCAAUCUGGCGCCGGUCUGUGUCGAAGUCGAGUCCCCCAGCGGCGAGCUAAUCGCAGUAAUUCGCGUGAUCGAGUCCGACCGGUCACUCUCCGAGCAAGAGAAGGCCCGCAAACGACAACAUCUUGUGAGUGGUGGCUUAGGGUCAUUGGAAAUCGAGAAGGAGGAAAGGAAGAACAAAAGCAACGAGAUUCUUGAUAUUUUUCGUGAGAAUUUGAACUGCUCAUUUUGCAUGCAGAUGUUGGAGAGACCUGUAACAAUUCCUUGCGGACAUAAUUUUUGCUUGAGAUGCUUCAAAAGGUGGAUUGGGCAAGGGAAGCACAAUUGUGCAAAUUGUCGUGCUGAAAUACCAACCAAGAUUGCAACUCAACCAAGAAUCAACUCUAUGCUUGUUAUUGCCAUUCGAAUGGCAAAACAAUCAAAAUCUACUACGACACCUGGUCCACAAAGUGUCAUCCAUCAUGUCGUUAAUCAAAAUCGUCCAGAUAAAGCAUACACAACAGAGCGAGCAAAAAAACCCGGGAAGGCUAAUGCUUGUAGUGGAAAGAUCUUUGUCACAGUGCCACCUGAUCAUUUUGGUCCUAUUCUAGCAGAGAAUGAUCCAACGAGAAAUCAAGGUGUGCUAGUGGGUGAGUCCUGGGACUGCCGUCUUGAUUGUAGACAAUGGGGAGUCCAUCGACCUCCAGUUGGAGGUAUCGCUGGGCAGUCCAAUUAUGGUGCUCAGUCAGUGGUACUUUCUGGAGGCUAUGAAGAUGAUGAGGACCACGGCGAGUGGUUCUUAUACACAGGAAGUGGUGGAAGAGACCUUAGUGGCAAUAAAAGAACAAACAAGGAGCAAACUUCCGAUCAAGGGUUUGGGAGAUUUAAUGAGGCAUUACGAGUAAGUUGUCGAGAAGGCUAUCCAGUUCGAGUUCUGAGGUCACACAAGGUGAAGCAUUCUUCUUAUGCACCAGAAAGAGGGUUUCGCUAUGAUGGUAUAUACAGGAUUGAGAAAUGUUGGCAAAAAGUAGGGAUGCAGGGUUUUAAAAUGUGCAGAUAUCUUUUCGUUCGAUGUGAUAAUGAGCCUGCUCCAUGGACGAGUGAUGAACAUGGAGACCGUCCAAGACCUUUGCCAGAAAUUGAUGACUUAAAGGGUGAAACUGAUAUAACUGAAAGGAAGGGAAAUCCUUCUUGGGAUUAUGAUGAAGAGAAAUGUUGUUGGAUGUGGAAGAGAACUCCACCACAUAGUAGGAGACAAGUGGAUGGUGGAAAUUCAGGGAAAAGAAAGCGAACAAAGCCAGAAUAUAUAGCUCAAGAUAAACUUCUAAAAGAGUUCAGCUGUUAUAUCUGCAGAAAGGUGAUGACUCUCCCACUUACUACCCCCUGUGCUCAUAACUUCUGCAAGGGUUGUCUGGAGGGUGUCUUUGCUGGUCAAACUUUCAUGAGGCAAAGAACAUGCGAAGGUAGAAGGACGUUACGAGCACAAAAGAAUAUCAUGAAAUGCCCAUCUUGCUCAAAUGAUAUAUCGGACUUUCUAACAAAUCCACAGGUUAAUAGAGAAUUGAUGGGUGUAAUUGAAUCGCUUCAGAGGAGGGUUGAAGUGGAAAAGGAAACAGUUGAGUCAUCGGGUGAUGGAGCUGAUAGCAUGGACGAGAGCUCAGAUGAAAUUAUGGGAGAGGGAUAAACAUUCUUUCAUAAUUUUGGGUGUUUGGAGGAAGCGGAAGGACUCAUUCUACCUCCAACUAUAAUCAAAGCUCCAUAAACUCACAAGAAGAAAAAAGCAAGGUGAGUGCUUGCGAAGCCUCCGGGGAGGGAGUGGUCAAAGAUGAUAAAAAUGCUAAAAUGAAAUUGAAGUACUUUCUUGUUAUGCCUCAAAUGCUAAAAUAAUAAAAUAGUAAUACAUUAUAAAAGUACUAUGAUAUAAUUCUGGUAUGAUUAUUAAUCUAUUAUAUUAGUUAUAGUCUUAAAAUAAAAUAACAUAUCAAUUAUUAAUAUCAUUAAUUAAAAAUAUGUAAUGGUAAAACUUAAUAGUGAAUAAUCAAAAGAAGACAAGUUAGAAUACAAACAAACUUAGCAAACUUAGUAGAUUUAAGCAUUCAGGUGUCUAAGUCGGGCAUACGAGGUCCAAACCCAGUGGGAUCAGUCCCAACACGUCCGUGACAUUGAGCUUGACGUGUUGGAGCUUACAGUGCCCAAAAACUCCUCUCCAAGAGCUUUUUGCACACUUAGAAGUAAAGGUAGAAUAUAAAAAAACUUAACACACUUAAUGGAUUUAAGCACUCGGGUGACCAAGUCGGGUAUAUGAGGUCCAAACUAAGUAGGGUCGAUCCCGACACGUUUGUAACAUUGAGCUCGACAUGCUGGAGUUGAUGGUACCCAAAAAAUUCUCAUCGGGAGUUUUUAACCGUGUUCGAUCAAUUUGCUAUCAAAUCAUUUUUACUUAUAGUACGUACAUAUAUAUUCAAAAAUUGUAUACUAAGUUUUUGUAUAAUUACUACUUUGUAGGGUCUACGGGUUGUCACAAGAAGAUGAGGACAAUGUCGAGCACUAGAAUCAGAUGCAAUUUUUUUUUUCUAUAUUUUUUGUUAUCUGAAUAGAUCAUGAAUAUGAUGUUUCUAAAAAAUUUGUAUAUAAAUUUUGAACAAUUUAUGAAUUUUUCAUUAAUUUUGGUUCAA